AUGGCCAGCGCAUUCCCAGCGACUCUGUACGAGUCAGUUCCAAUUCCCACGCUGGACAGGCCGUUUGGCGUCCACCUGUGGCCCUACUUCAGCAAAGCCUUCGAGCUGGUCGCUGGCUACCCGGCCGAAGACUUCAGAUUUGAGGCCGGCAAGACGCCGAUGUCCACGUUGAGGGAGACCUCCAUCUUCAUCAUCGUCUACUACUCCAUCAUCUUCGGCGGACGGGAAUGGAUGCGCAAUCGGGAGCCAUUCAAGCUCAAGACACUAUUCCUGAUCCACAACUUCUACUUGACGGCCAUCAGCGCCAUCUUGCUGGCGCUUUUUGUCGAGCAGCUCCUGCCAACGGUUGUGCGAAAGGGUGUUUUCUAUGCCAUUUGCAACCAUGAUGGUGGCUGGACGCAGCCUCUUGUUGUCGUGUACUACUUGAACUACCUCACCAAGUACCUCGAACUCCUCGAUACCGUCUUCCUGUUCCUGAAGAAGAAGCCCCUCACCUUCCUCCAUUGCUACCACCACGGUGCCACCGCCUUGUUGUGCUACACCCAGUUGAUCGGUAGCACCGCCGUUUCUUGGGUGCCCAUCACUCUCAACCUGACAGUUCACGUUGUCAUGUACUGGUACUACUUCCAGAGCGCUCGCGGAGUUCGCAUCUGGUGGAAGGAGUGGGUCACUCGUCUGCAGAUCGUCCAGUUCAUCAUCGACCUCGGCUUUGUCUACUUCGCCUCGUACACCUACUUCUCCUCCACUUACUUCCCCAGUAUGCCAACCGCAGGCAAGUGUGCAGGCGAGGAGUUCGCUGCCUUUGCAGGCAUUGGUAUCCUCAGCUCCUACCUCGUCCUCUUCAUAUCGUUCUACUUCGCCACAUACAAAACGGACAAGAAGGCGCCUAGUGCACGCAAGACUCUCCGACGCAUGUCUAAGGCGGAAGCCCCCGGUUCACACGUCGUUGCAGACAUCGCCGACCUUGCGAAUGCGAAAACCACCGGCGUCAAGACAAAUGGUGUCAGCACUCGGUCGCGCAAGGCAUAA